AUGCAUUCGCAGGCCAGCGCACCCACCCCGUCGUUCUCGACGGCUUCUGAGACCGUCGCGUCGUCAUCCACUCUACCGACUUCCGAGACACGGAUGGAGGUGCUCCAGAGGACUCUGCAUUUGCUCCGGCAGGAGGUGCUUGUGCCGUAUUUUGAGUUUGUUGAGCGACUUCGGGUGACGAACAACCGGGCUGUGAGGGUGCAGGACGUUGUGGAGACACUCUACACCGCGUCGUUUAGGGAGAAGGGUAGCAGUGCGUGA